AUGAUUUCAUGUGAUAAACUUGCUAACAGUUGUUAUUGUUUUAAGUUUUAUAGACGUUGUCAACAGGUCCAUCACUUCUCUAUGAUGACGAAAAGAAGAAAGAAAGACACGCAAAACAAUUACAAAAGCAAAGAAAACUCUUGCUGUAGAGCUUCGCAAAUCAGUGCUAUAUGGAGACAGUCUCAACAUUUACUAAUCAAAAAAAAAUUAACAAAUGAGUUGAUAACACUUUCAAUCACUUUGCUGAGGUCAAAAUAA